AUGUACCAGCAGUCUCCAGCCGACCCUGAACGGCCAGGAAAUACAGGUCCCACAGGAAUUGACUACAUCCCCACAGAGGAGGAGAGGAGGGUGUUCAGGGAGUGCAACCAGGAAAGCUUCUGGUACAGAUCUCUUCCUAUAUCUGUCAUCAGCAUGGGCUUCACUCAGUUCCUUAUCUCUAGAGGUGCUCUUACAGCCUCCGGUAGAUUUGUAUCUUUGCCCAAAGUAGCUUUUGCUGGUGUUUUUGGGUACCUCGGAGGGAAGAUGUCAUACAUGAAGACAUGCCAGGAGAAAUUUAAAGGGAGCUUGGAGAGUUCGCCACUGGGGGAGGCACUGAGACAGAGACAGCACCACCAACCACCAGUGUUUACCCAUAAACACCCGGAACUGAGUGAUCCAAACAAAGCCAACUUUGAGCCAGCCUUUCAACUUGAUGAUCAGAGGAAUCAGUCCUUCUCCUAUUCGAGUGAUUUCACUUACAUGUCCUCAGCAACUCACUCUGACACCCAAAUUACAGAACCAACUUACAUUGAGGAGGAUGUACAGAAGAAACACAUUCUGUACGAGGAGCUGCGGAGUAAGAACAGGGAAAACUAUGAAGGUACGACUCCCAAACCAAAGACACUGUUGAAACCUUCGGCCGAGACCAACCCAGCCAAGAGAGGGAAGAAGAAUAUAUUUGGAGACACAUGGGAGGAGUGA